UUUCCCAAAUUCCGAGUCCGUUCUGCUGCUUUGAACCCAACGGCCAUAUUUUUACCGGAAAAAGAAGUUCUGUUAUCUUCCCUGUUUUUCAAUGAACAACAACAAUAAACGGGAGAAAACAACCAUCAACCAAAACGACAGCGCAUUAAUCCAGUGCGCCGAGCUCAUACUUCCUUAUCUCCACCCGGUCGAUCUCGCCUCCACGUCAUCAACCUGCAAAACCCUGAACAAGAUCUCCAAUUCCAUCACUCUCAGAAGAUCCUCCGACGCUUCUCGAAGCUUGGAGAAGUUUCCGAUCCCAUUCAUCAAUUCAAUCGACAAUCAGAGCUACUCAUACUUUAUCUACACCGGGAAUCAGAUUCUCUCCGCCGCCGUUCAGCCGCGGCAGCCAUGGGAUUAUGACCCAGAUACCAGACCGGACUUGAUUAAUCCGGGUCAUUGCUACGACCCGUUUCUUUUCCGGGUCGAAGGUGCGAAGGGGUGUGAGUGCGAGAGGGGAUGUGAUAGGAGCUCCCGGUGUCCGUGUUUGGAUAAUGUGGAAUUCGGUGCUUGGGAAUGCGGGCCGGGUUGUCAGUGUGGGUCGGACUGUGGGAACCGGGUUAGUCAGAGUGGGAUAUUGGUCAAGCUGAAGAUUGUGAAAGAUAGGAGAACAGGUUGGGGUUUAUAUGCUGGUGAAUUUAUUCCCAAAGGGCAGUUCAUCUGUGAAUAUGCAGGAGAACUAUUGGUAACUAAAGAAGCACAAUCAAGGCAGCAAAUAUAUGAUCAACUUGCAUCAAGUGGCCAGCUGUCUCCUGCUCUUCUGGUCGUGAAGGAACAUCUUCCGUCUAGAGAUGUGUGUAUGAGGAUAAAUGUUGAUGCCACUAGAGUUGGAAACGUAGCUAGGUUCAUCAAUCAUUCUUGUGAUGGUGGGAACCUUGAUACAAUAAUAUUGCGAAGCUCUGGAUCUGUACUUCCUCGCAUAUGCUUUUUUUCUUCCAGAGAUGUACAAAACAAUGAAGAGCUUAAAUUUAGUUAUGGGGAUAUCAGGCUUAAGAAGCAAGGACUGCCUUGUUUCUGUGGUAGCUCUUGUUGCUUUGGUGUCCUGCCUUCAGAAAAUACAUGACUUGGGACAGUGUUCAAAGGCACAAAAAGAGAGAGCGCCAGAAUGCUCAGUUGAGACUGGAGUGUGAAGAAGAAAAUCAAGAGAAGAAAUGGCAGAGAGCAAGGAAAUAGAUGUAAACUUGUUGCUAGGGGUGGGCACGGGUCGGGUACCGGCCCCGAAUGACAAUUGGCUGACCCGACCCUAAUAUAUCGGGUCGCUAUUUUUUUGACCCUAAUCCGCUCCGAUCGUUCUCGGGUACCCGAUCUUCGGAUACCCGAAAAAAUAGGGGCGGGUCAUAGGGUACCCGCCCCUAUUUAAAGAAUGCAAAAUCUUGUAUAUGAAGAAUAGGGGCUCAGUGCAUCAAGAAUAAUAAAUUUUGGUAAAAAAGAAAUGGAAAACUGACGCAAGUGAUGGAAGAUUGGCAUUCAUCGUCAGAAUUCAAAAGCUUUAUCCUUGAACAUUAACCACACUAGAAGAUUGUGGCUUUUUCAGUCUCCAUCUGCAGGCCAAACUUGCACAUGUAACCCAACCAAUUAUUACCAAUGGUCUAUUGUAUUGAGGUAUAAACGGUUCGAAACUCU